AUGGCCUUCUCAAAAUGCUCACGGAUCACCCUCCCAAAAUACGAAUUCCAAACCCUUAAAGCCAAAGCUAAUGACAAUACUGAUUCUGAGUCGGAAUCCCUACUCGUAGAUGGCAAAAGCGUUACGAAGCCUUGUCUUCCACGUAUCUGGAUCUAUCUGACCAUGGUGAACCUCAUGAUUCUAGCAAUUACCGUCCUGUUGAUCUUUAAUUGGAAAAGUGAUAGCCAGGCAGAAAGAAAUGCUGUUCUUCGCCCCGUGUCAUGGUGGUCACCCAUCCUGGACGAUAUUGAAAUUCCGCGGUAUACAACAAUGUUGAACGGGACACUCUUCGCAAAGCCGGAAGUAUCGAUUGCACGAGAGGAGCCAAGUCCCGAAAACGAUGCGGCCUGGGCUCGAUAUGAGAAGGUUCUAACGCACAUUGUCAGCCGCGAAGAGAUUCGUACGCUGGGCAAGGACCCAGAAACUGUGGCCCGUUUCCACAACGAUUACUGGGGAAUGGGCGACAAUGCGUACAUGGUUCAGCUCGAUGUUAUGCAUCAAAUACAUUGUCUGAAUCUACUACGUAAAGCAGCGUUCGCCGAUUACCCCGGGUAUAACUCAAGUUUGGAGGCCAAGGACGACAUGUGGUGGAUACACUUGGGCCAUUGUACCGAUAUGCUAUUACAAAACAUCCAGUGCAACGCCAAUACAGAGGUGCUCACUCUGGCCUGGGUGGCCGACCGGAAGGCGCCAUGGCCGGACUUUAGUGUUAAUCGUAAGUGUCGAGACUUUCAGGCCUUGGUGCAUUGGCAACGUGAAAAUGCCGUGGAUGCAGACAAAUUCGACCGAAUGCCUGUUCCCGAGGAUGCUUUCAUCUGGCCAGCGCCCUGGAAACAUCGAGACUCAGAGCUAGGGCACCGCUUAGGACAACAUCAUCAGCAAGAAGGGAAGGGGCUGCCAAAGUCGCACGAGGACCGUCACACUGUGGUGAUGUGA